AUGUAUCCUGGCAGACGUCCUCAGCGCUUUGAUAUCUACCUAGAAGUAAUUAACGUACCACAAGGGAUUCGUGCCCGUGAAGCGAAGACUAGUGCAGUCGGUAAUUUAUGCAUCAAUACCGACAUACCUCAGAAGUUGACGGACCUUAUAUAUAUGUACACAAACGCGAGGUUGGCUCCGCGGAAGCAAUAUUUCUACAUGCGCUUUGAUGAUGAUCAAGAUAGAUCCAAAUUUGACCGACUCGGCCCGUCGGACAUACCAUUCGCUUAUUUAAGCAUAGGAAACCUGCGCCCUGCAACAACUCUAGUCAGGAUUCACGAGCAGCCGGAGCAAUCGCAUGCGACUGCUUCAUCGCUGCGUCUUGACUUCAUCAAUGCAUGUUUAGCAUGCCAGACCGCUGCGCUGGAACUUGUGAAGUUUGAUGAUGCGCAGCACGAGGUGAUUGAUGGACGAUUUGUGAACAAUUACCGACAAUAUCUGCGCUUCACACACCUAGACGCAACGGGUCAGGCUACGUCCACUCCUUCCAACCCAUUCUACACAUCUCCAAAUGGUGAUCGAGAGACUCAAUCAGAAGCUGUCACCCAAUUGAAGGCCCUCCGCUUGACCCGUUCCUGGCUAAAUGCUCACGUAGACGUUUUCAAUUUUAUCUUGCAGUCUUUCGACUUGGAGAUUGGGCGCCUCAGAAGCAUGAUUGUGGAUGGCCCUACAUGUUAA